GGAUUGAAACACCUGAAUCACAUGAUAUGGAGGGGAUUGGAACACCUGAAUCACAUGAUAUGGAGGGGAUUGGACCAUCUGAAUCACAUGAUAUGGAGGGGAUUGGAACACCUGAAUCACAUGAUAUGGAGGGGAUUGGAACACCUGAAUCACAUGAUAUGGAGGGGAUUGGAACACCUGAAUCACAUGAUAUGGAGGGGAUUGGAACACCUGAAUCACAUGAUUUGGGGGGAUUGGAACACCUGAAUCACAUGAUUGGAGGGGAUUGGAACACCUGAAUCACAUGAUAUUGGAGGGGAUUGGAACACCUGAAUCACAUGAUAUGGAGGGGAUUGAAACACUUGAAUCACAUGAUUGGGAGGGAAUUGGAACAUCUGAAUCACAUGAUUGGGAGGGGCUGGGGACAAUACUUGGGGCAAUAUAGUGUACGUCAUAUG